CGGGACCUCCCCGGGCUCAAACAAUAAGGAAGUACGGGGAGGGUGCGACGGGCGGACGGGCACGUCGGCCGCCGCUGCCUCGCGGCCAGGUCCCGCCGGGGGCCGCGGUUACCACAGCGAGGAGGAGUGAGCUGCGAGCAACGUGCUGGGUUUUACGGCUUUUGGAGGAGAGAGGAGUUACGGCCCCGCACACCCGCCGAGUAGCGGCUCCGGCAAGCGGGCCCCAAAUUGCGGAUCGUGGGCACAGGAGCAAAGAGUCCUGAGGGAGAGAAGUGCACGGAUUGCGUGCUUACAUCCCAGUUGUGCCGUGCAAAGCUUUGAGACUUGAACGUCGGGGGAGAACCCCUAAGACAGGAGAAGGCCCGUACCUCACCCAAAAUCAACAGAGACAUGAACUCGCUUGGACUCUGCUGGGACGUCAGAGCUGGUAUCUGGUCAGAAGGGCAGGGCCGGGCAGUCACAGCUUCCUACGUGUCUGUGCUGAUCCCCGAGUGCGGCGUGCUGCCCGAAGUGCUGAAAAACACCAUAGCAGACGUCGGGGAGUAUUACCUGGUGAGGAGCUUGGCCGUCCAUCAGCUGGUCGCUCAAGAAUUCAUUGACUGCUUUGUGAGGAGAGGUUCAUGCUAUGCACUUACCUAUAACACCAGAAUUGAUCAAGAUAAUACUGCAGCUUUACUACCAACUGGAAAACUAAUUCUGUCAGUAGAUAAAGAUACUUAUGAGGAACUUGGACUGCAAGGCCGCCCUUCUCGGUAUUCUGGUAAAAAACCAAUGAGAUACAUUAUAACUAUUGACUUGACCGAUUCCAACUUCCACCCUGAUGGAAAGAAACAUAAGAGGGUGCUUUGGGCCUUGAAGGAAAAGAAGCCUUUAGAAUUUGAUUUCUUACUGGCUUGGUAUAAUUCAGGUGCAGAGGGAUCAACAUUGAUGUCAUACUUUCCGAAAAACCAAAUACAGGCCCUAAAGCCAAAAGUAACAUUCAGCACAUUAAGAGACUUGCAGUGUCCAACAUUACAAAGCAAUGAACUUCAAGGAAAGCCAGAAGAAUCCUGCAGUACAGAGGAGCUGUUUGAAUGGCUAGGUGCUGUUUUGAAUCAAGUUAAUCUAGACAACGUAUCUUCUAGUUUUUUAUCAACCUAUUGCUGUCCUCAGCCCAACACAAUAGCAGACCGGGCAUUUUUGUGCACAAUCACAGGCUUCAUAAUUCCUGAGAAGAUAAUUCAGUUACUGGAGCAGCUGUGUUGCUAUUUUGGUGAACCAAAGCUGGCACCGUGGCUGACCUUAACUGUGCAUGGCUUUGCAGACAGCCCUGUUUCCUGGAGAGAGAAUGAACACGGUUUUCACAAAGGAGGAGAGAACUUGUACAAUUUUGUCCUUUUUAGAAAUCUGGACUAUUGGCUUCAGAUGGCUUUAGGAACUAAUGAUGAUUGUCCUCCGUAAUGCUCUGUCUGCAGAAAAAGCAUUCUAAUAAUCCCAGGAUACUGUAUGAUAAACAUAGUUUUUAUAAAAAUAAUUAGAUAAUAAGUUAAAUCUUAAGUGGCCUUGUGUUUUUCUGUAGCGUAUAGCCCUUGAAACAUGACCUGCAAUAGAAGGAAUGGAUUUUUGUUUCUUUGCUGCCAUAUAGUGUCCUUAGUUCUGGAAGACUUCAAAA